AUGACUCAGGCGGCUGCUGAUGACCUGUCUACCGUCAGCCCCUACAACUAUGAGCAGCCCCUUCCCCCCGUGGCCCGGGCAAAUGCUGUCUCCCACGUUCCUCCAGCUAAGAAAAUAACUUUCUUCAAGAGUGGGGAUCCUCAGUUUGGAGGAGUCAAGAUGGCCAUCAACCACCGCCGCUUCAAGAGCUUCAACGCCCUCAUGGACGACCUCUCCCACAGGGUCCCCCUGCCGUUCGGGGUCCGGACCAUCACGACCCCGCAGGGGAUACAUUGCAUCAGUGAGCUGGACCAGCUGGAAGAUGGAGGGUGCUACCUCUGCUCUGACAAGAAAUACGUCAAGCCCAUCAGCAUUAGCAAUGCCAGCCGAAGGGCGGGCGUUCAGCGGAGCGGGCCCCAGAGUGGCGCCCCGCCGAAAGGAGCCCAGGAAAGUAGGUCCGAAGACUAUUUUAUGCCUUUUGCCCAGCAAGGCGCCAGGAUACCCAAGAAGAUCACUCUGGUUAAGAACGGGGAAAUCGAGGUGCGACGCUCCAUCAUCCUGAACCACAGGAACGCCCGGAGCUUCAAAACUCUCCUGGAUGAGAUUUCAGAGCUUCUUCAGUUCACCGUGAAGAAACUCUACACAGUUGACGGAAGGAAGAUCGACAGCAUGCAAGCUCUGCUGCAUUGCCCCAGCGUGCUGGUGUGUGCGGGCCGGGAGCCAUUCAAACCGAUAAUGAUGGAGAACUUAAGGAAACAUUCAGUUGAGAAGCUGCCCGGCCUGACCCCCCGGUCCGUGGGUGGCCACGUCAAUGAGAACAACGACAGUAAGAAAAACGUGAACUUUGGGCUGAAAACCAAAAAAAGCGUCAUCCACCCAAGGUCCGCUUCAAGCAACAGGUCAAUGAGAUUUUCCUUGUCAUCGGAAAAGUCCUUUCCAAAUGGUCUCACCACCUCACCAGAGAAUGGACCCCCUUUUACAAACAAUUGUCCACAUGCGAAAGCUGGGGAUCUGGUCCCUUCCUUAGAAAAUGAUGACAUUGAAAAGCGAGUUCACGUGAACAAAGAUGGGAGUCUAUCCGUUGAGAUGAAAGUCCGCUUCCGUUUGCUCAAUGAUGAAACUCUUCAAUGGUCUACACAGCUCAGAAAGUCUAGUUUGAUGAAUAAGAUGCCUUGUGAAGAGACAGGUCUAGAGGAAACCAGUGGCGUGGAUCCCAUGCAGAAAAUGAACCCAGAAGCCAGCUCGGAGGCAGAUGAUUCAUUAUAUCCUUGUGACGGUGAUUCUUAUGGCUCAAAACUGGAUGAGUCAGAAUAUGAAGAGACUCAUUGCCACAGUUGUGGCAAGAAGCAUCGGGACUAUGACAUUUGGAAAAACCCCAUGCAUGCUUCUCAGGAGGAGCCUGGGGUAAGAAACACUUGGCAUACGCGGUCUUCUUGCUCCAGCACAUCUUCACGGAGGAGGAUCAUCCGCAAAAAGGUGGCAUCCAUGGACAGCAUCCGCACCACAUCCAGUGAGGAAUAUUCGGAGCACGUUGUGCAGGAGUCUUCCUCUUUUUCAGAGACUAUAGAAAACAGAGUGGAGUACCGAUCAGUUAAGAAGUGUACUUGCCGGAGCAAGACGUCUCCAGCUGUCUCCCAUGGAGAAGAACAGGAAGACACACGGACUAACACUGCCAAUAGCCAAGGAGCUUCCUCCUUAGGUCUCAUGUCCAAUUCAAGCUGUGAAAACAACCUGGAUCUUCAGGAUGCCAUUGAAGAAUAUGAGGUCAGCAAGACCUGUUCACAGAAUGGAGACGAAAACUGCUUUGAAGCUUCUUCGGUGAAGUGCUUAAAGGAGGAAGAACAUGAAGUUGAAGCCAACCGGGCUGAAAGUAUUGUUUCAAAGUCAUCCCUGCACUCCAGACGGAGUAAAAAGAAGAUGCAUGAGGAAACUAGUAACAUGGCAAGGAGCAUGUCAUCCUGCAGUUUGAAAAAGGCAGAGGCGGAGGAUAGCGAUGCACGUUUAUCUUCCACCAAUAGUGCCCGCAGUAGAUCCAGCAGGUGCAAAAGUGACCAGGAUGGAUAUCCUGAAAAGAACCCAGCAAUCUCUUGUUCCUCCAGCGAGUCCAGCCCUAAGACAGAGGCUAAAGAGAUGGGGUCAGAGCAAGAUGACCACGAAAUUAAUGAAGUCAGUUCAACCUGGAGCAAGAAAAAGCCGAGCGAGUCAGUCAAAGAUGACUUCAGUGAAUGUGAGCAAUGUUCUCCACAAGGAUCUCUCCAUUCAAAAGCUGGCCAUGGGCACAGCAAGACGAGUGACAAUGAUGAGGUACUUUUGUGUAAUGCCUCCUCUUCGUCCAGAGCAUCCAAGAGAAGCAAGCCCAGAGAGAUUCAGCCAGAUGCAUCCUCUGAUGUGUCUGUGUCAUCUCAGGGAUCCGUUUCAAAUAGCAAUAAGAAAAAUUCUCCCCCCGCGGAAGACCUGAGAUCAGUCAGAAAGAUGUCUGGUCACUCUAAAAGCUCAUGUGAAAUGAAGAGCCACUCUACAGGAGACCACCCAUCUAAGCACUCUGGCUCUCUUCAUUCGAACGCAUCCUCGGUGUGUGAAGCAGAGGCACCUCCCGCUAGUAAUGAGGACCAAAGCCCAAGCAGCACAACCAAAUGUUACAGCAAAUCCUCAAAAGGCACCAGGAAGAGAAGCCACCCCAAUGACAGCAAUCAAGCUUCUUCCCCUGGCUCAGGCUUUGCAACCCCUGAUGGAAAUGAUGGAGAGGAGAAAGCUACAGUUUAUCCCGAGACUCCAUUGUCAAGACAUGGAAGCAUGGCCGAGUCUUUAUGCUCAAAAUGUGACUGUACAACUGAGGCCAGGAAUGGAAAUCCUCCAAGUGUCGGCUCAAGAGUCUGUUCCAACUCAGAGACGAAGGGUAAAUGUACAGAGACAGCUGGGUCCAGGACAAGUGACGAUGGCCAUUCUCAAUCCAAUGUGACCCAAUCUUCCAAAUCAAAGAGCAAAAAAAUGAAGAAUAUCCAACCGGAGGUAGAAAACAUUAGCCAGGCAUCCGUGUCAGAGACGGGCUCAAUGUCCAGUUUGCACUGCCCUGCCCCACCGAAAGGGAAGCCAAGCAGCAAAAAAGUACGGCCAGCGGUGUUAAGGCAUUCCUCUAGCACCAGCACACGUUCAGAAUCAGUGAACAAAGAGCAGAAAGAAGUCGGUGACUCUUCCAUGCUGGCUUCGUCAGGGUCUACAGCUGCGCGACAAACAGUGCAAGUGGCAAGAAAUCUCUUCAGUGAGGGCAAACAGAAAGGACCUGAUAGUUCUUGCCAACAGAAAAGGGAAGAGGAGUUAGAAGAGGUUGAUGAACCAGAAGCUGGGGAUAUAAUGCCUUCUACCCUACCAAACACAUCUCCUGAAGAAGUGGUCCAGGAGUGGCUGAGCAAAAUCCCCCCUGACACGUUGCUUAUGAAAUAUGAAAUGGAUGAUGGCCAAGAGGACUGUGCAGAGGCAACCACCAAGAUACCAUGCUGUGCAAAUACUCCAGAAAUCUCAGGGGAGGAAAAAGCUGAAGAAGAGGAUGUAGGGAAAAGUGAACGUGCUGCAGAGGAGGAAGCGGCAAAAGAGAUUGCUGAAGUCCACGGGGCUAACGAGGAGGCAGAGGAAUGCCCCCACCAAGAGGGAACUGCUGGGGUGAUCUCAGACGGUGCUGAUGACAACCAAGGGGAAUGCAGCCAAACAGAUACCAAAGCAAGGCAAAAUCACAAAAAAGACUUGCCAAGCAAUAUCCAGGCUUCCGUGCAGAUCAUGAAGGCAUUGCUUAAUUCAAAACAGGAAGCAAAGUUUGACCGGUCAAACAGUUUGCCUGAAGUAUCCCCCACGAUGGGAAGGAAGCUCAGUAACUCUGCUACCGCCCUGAUGACUUGUUUUGCUGGACUCCAGCUCCUCGAUGAAGAGCUAUUAGAUCCACUGAAUACAAAAAAAGGCUUGAAUAAUUCAAGGCACAAGGAACUGCUGAGCUUUUUCCAGAGCCUUUGGUUUGGAAAAGAUGGCCUGAAUUCUAGCCAGCAAGAAGGCAAUGAGGUAACGAUGAAUUUGGGCUUUAAAGGCCGUAACUCAACAGAGGAUGACUUUACUCCAAUGUCCUCUUCCGGGGUUGAUGUCAAUAGCGGGUCUGGGGGAUCGGGGGAAGAAAGUGUGGCUGUUGUCAAGGACUGUACCCACUUGCCCCAAAAGGCAGCAGAGUCCAAAGCGGCUCAACUCGAGGAAAACCUAGGGAAUGGAGCUGACCUGAGUGAGGCAGAGGAGCAGGAUAAGAAAGGAGAUGAGCUUUCUCGGCCUUCAACAUCCUGCUCACAACCUAAAGAGGAAGAAAAAGCGGAGUUUCCUGAAGGAAAAGCAGAAACAAAGAGCGAAAAAGAUGUUCAGGAUUACUGUGAUAGUAAUCGUCACGCUGUGGGGGGAAACGUAGAGGAAGAAGACAGCAAAUUUGUGGAACAUGAGCAGAAAAGGGAAGCUGGAUCUAUACAAGAAACCACCCCAAAAGAGAGUGCUGAUGAUGAGGCUACGGAGCAACCUGCUGAAAGCCCUACAUCGGUCUAUGAUGAGAGGGAAUCUGAUCCCGUUUUGGAAGAGCAGGUUGAGGAGAAGCCUCUGAGCGAUAACGAAUCCAGCGUCAAGGCCAGUCCAGAAACAGCCAUGCCCACGGAAAAGCAGAAAAGUAUUGACCCCGACCCAGUCUGGGUCCUAGGACUGCUCAAGAAACUUGAGGAGGAGUUCAUGACUCACUAUGUCAGUGCCAUGAACGAGCUAAAGGUCAAGUGGAACUUGGAGGAGAACCAACAGCUGGAUGAAAUGAUCGAAGACCUGAAGGAUGAAGUGCGUAGAAGGAUACAGGCUAGCAUAGAGAAGGAGCUGAAGAAGAUCCAGAGCAGAGCCGGGAAGAGGAUUCCCAGGCCUCCAGCUCGAACAUCGAGUCAGGAGUCGACGAUGCAGAUGGAGCAGCGGCGACGGCGAUUGCAGACUAUAUAUAAGAAGUCUCUCUACAGCAACAGGAAUACAUCCCAGAGUAAGCAAGCAGGGACAACAACAGACGUGUCGUUGGACAUAGGUGAAGAAUUAGUGUUCAGCGGGACCCUCGGGGAUGAUCGCAGCAAACAGUCAAGUGGCGAGGAGGAAUACUGUCCCUGCGACACCUGCGCAAAGAAGAAAAUGACUUCGAGGCCCAUCCAAGGCCCAGGGGUGGCAGCCCGUGCCCCAGUUCUGAAAGCAUUUGACUUAAAGCACAUCCUGAAGUUAAGGAAGGGUGACGUCGAAGCUGAGAGUGAAAUGGCAGCCUGUGUCUCGGAAACAGGCCCAGAGAGUGAGGUGGUCCCUGCUGAGCAUGGGGAGGACACAAGAGAUGAAAUCAACCUGGAGGAGCCUCGUCAAUGUGACCCUGACCCAGAUGAGGCAGAGCCGGUAGCCAAUAAAGAAAAGAAGCCAGAACAAAGUGAAUCUGCUGGGCCAGGAGAACAGGAAGGGGCAGAUGAAGAGGUGUUGGGAGCUCCAGCUGAGAGGGAUGAAGUCUCAGGCAAUGAAACCUGUGGGGUGGAGGAGGAGGGAAAAGAGGAGGAAAAAACAAAAGAGGGAGAAGAAAAAGAGGAGGAGGAAGCAGAAGCAGCAGAAGAGGAAACUGCGGGUGGAGGAAAGCUGCCAGAGGAGGUGACUGACGGGGACGAUAAUCAGGCUAAUGCAUCUGAAGAUGAAGAAAAGGCGGAGGGUCCUGAUGCUCCAGAGAACACGGGGGGAGAAGCAACAGCAGGAAACGGAGACGCUGAACUAGAGCCCCAGGACGAUGCUGAGGACAAGGCUGUGGAAGAGACCAGCCCAGAAGAAGCAAGCGAAGCAUGUUCAGAAGCUCCAGCAGCAGAGGAGGAAAAUGCCGGUGAAAGAGCCGAUGAGCAUGCAGGGAAUGAGGAAGAAGUAGCUGGCGAUGACCCUGCACAGGAUGAUGGAGUAUGCAAAGAUGAAGAUCACAGUGAGGCUCCUGAGAUGGCCUCCGCCAUGGCAGGAGAUGAAGAACACACAGGGCCAGAGAACAGAAGUGAAGCAGAGAGUGAGGCAAAUGGGAACACAAGCAGUGACCCAGGUGGGGAGGCGAAAAGCAAGGGCGGCAGCAAGUCUUCCAAAAUGUAUCCUGACAGCGAAGAAGAAGAGGAGGACAGAGAUUCCUCGUGUGCCGGGCCUGUAGAUGGAGAGAAGGACGGUGCUGAUGCCGACGAUGGCCAGGCUUCAAAAAAGAAGGGAGGAAAUGCUGGUGAGAUUGACCAAGAUGACUUGGACUUUUAG